AUGGAAGAGGGAAAUCACUCGGAAGUGACUGAGUUCGUUCUCUCAGGACUGACACAUCGUCCAGAUCUGCAGGCUCCCCUGUUUGUGUUGUUCCUACUGAUUUACGUUAUCACCCUGGUGGGAAAUGGGGGGAUGAUCUUGUUAAUCACAAUUGACUCCCAACUCCACACCCCUAUGUACUUUCUCCUCCGGAGUUUGUCUUUCUGUGAUCUCUGCUAUUCCUCAGUAAUUGCCCCUAACAUGCUGAAGAAUUUCUUAGCUGAGAGGAAAAGCAUUUCUUACGAGGCCUGCGCUGUGCAAACUUUUUUCUCUACCUUACUUUCAGACAUUGAGUGCCUCUUGCUGGUUGUUAUGUCAUAUGACCGUUACAUGGCCAUCUGUAACCCGCUGCGCUAUAUGCUCACCAUGUCCCGCCAGCGUUGUUACCAGCUGGUGGCUGGGGUGUGCGCUGUGGGUUUGGUGGAUGCACUGACACUUACGUGUUGUACAUUCCGGUUGUUGUUCUGCCACUCCAACAUCAUCGCGCAUUACUUUUGUGAAUUACCCCCACUACUAGUGCUAUCCUGCUCUAACACCCGCAUCAGUGACAUUAUGGAAGAGGGAAAUCACUCAGAGGCGACUGAGUUCAUUCUCUCAGGACUGACAGAUCAUCCGGAGUUGCAGGCCCCUCUGUUUGUGUUGUUCCUUCUGAUUUAUGUUAUCACUGUGGUGUGGAAUGGAGGGAUGGUCUUGUUAAUCACGACUGAUGCCCGACUCCACACCCCCAUGUACUUUUUCCUCAGUAACUUGUCUUUCUGUGAUCUCUGCUAUUCCUCAGUAAUUUCCCCUACAAUGCUGCAGAAUUUCUUACCUGAGAGGAACAGCAUUUCUUAUACUGCUUGCGCUGUGCAAAUGUUUUUAACCAUCUUUCUUGCAGAUGUUGAGUGUCUCUUGCUGGCUGUGAUGGCGUAUGACCGUUAUGUGGCCAUCUGUAACCCGCUGCUCUAUACGGUCACCAUGUCCAGGCAGCGGUGUAACCAGAUGGUUUCUGGGGUGUGUGCUGUGGGGUUGGUGGAUGCAUUGAUACUUAUAUGUUUUACUUUUCGACUGUCAUUCUGCCGCUCCAAUCUCAUCAGGCAUUUCUACUGUGAUAUCUCUGCUCUGAUGGCACUUUCUUGCUCUGACACCCGCACCAAUGAGAUUGUGUUAUUUGUUUCUAUGUGCUACACUGUAGUGAUCAGUGUUGUGACCAUCCUCCUCUCCUAUGUCUGUAUCAUCUCCACCAUCCUGCAGAUCCACUCUGUUGAGGGCCAGUGCAAAGCCUUCUCCACCUGCGCUUCCCACUUGUGUGCAGUGGUCAUAUUUUAUGGCACUCUCCUUUUUAUGUAUUUCCGACCCACCUCCAGCUAUUCCAUGGACACAGACAAAAUAACCUCAGUGUUUUACACUCUGGUGAUCCCCAUGUUGAACCCCCUCAUCUACAGCCUGAGGAACAGGGAGGUGAAGGACGUCCUGAGGAAAGCCAUGAAUAAAUUCUUAACCAAUUCUUGA